AUGGAAAUUCGAGAUUUAUGUAGACAAAGUCUUCAAAUUAAUCAGAAUGGGGAAGAUAUUUUUCAGAAAACAAAUCAAAUCCUAUCAAAUGUUGAGAAUAUCAUUCCAUGUUUUGAAGUUUUGCUCAAUGAAACAGAAAAUAUUUUUGGCCAGUCAGAAGCCAAUCUUAUUAAGCAGCUGAUUUACAGACAUUUCAAGGAAAUACGCGAUUCAGAUAUGAUUAAUACUGUUUUUAAUCUACUUAUUCAAGUUUUUCAAAGUCAAACUGUUCCAUUCAUCGUAAAAUCAAAUUUAAUUGACAGUAUUUUCCCUAUAUUCGAUCAAAUACUUAAUGUGUGGCAUGAUUUGUAUGAAUUUGUUAACACAAUCUUUGAAAAUGAUAUAAACCUUGCAUUAACCAUAAUGAUUCAAGUAUCUAGCGCAUUACUCAAUGAAGAGUUACAACAGUACUCAACUAUGAUUGCAAACAUCUUACAUCUUGGAUUUUCAAUUGAUGAUAUCGAAAUUUUACUAAAAUCAAUGAAAUUGAUGAGCAAAACAGUUCUAAUUCUAGAUAUUGACUUAUCAUCUUACUUCGAGAAAGCAUUCCAAGUCUUCUGCAAUCUUGUAUCAAGCGAAAUCGAUCAAAAUUGUUACAAAAUUUCAGAAUCAAUUUCCGAUUCAUUUUACAAAGAAAAAUUGCUAUUUGAGCCACAAGAACUCUUGCAGCGCCUUGCGAACCUCGAAACAGCUCUAGAUCAAGCUCCUUGGAUUGUUUUUGGAAUUAUCAACAAAUUAGUCAAAAUUUACGGAGAAAUGUUGAGCGAAGAGAUCUUUUCAGACCUGGUACAAUUAUCCCUUGCCGUUGGCAUUAAUUUGUGCAGCAAAUGCGAAGAAAUUGACGAAACUUUUUCUUCUUAUUUGGAUUCGGUUUUGAACCUUAUCGUCAAGGUCAUGAAAAUUGUGACCAACAAAACAGAGUUUAUCGGCAUUGUUUUACAAUUAGUUGAAUCAUCGACGGAAGAUGGCAAUCCUUAUGCUUAUUUCGUUGCAUUAUCUGUAUACAGACUGAUUAUUGAUUAUGCUGAUGAGGUUUUGCCUGUUUUUAUUCCAAAAAUCGCAGAAAAAAUCUCAUUAUAUCUAAUUUCUGACGAACAACUCAUUAUUAAAGCAGCUGCUGAAUGUGCAAGUGAGAUAGCUUCAUUUGCUUAUGAUGCUUAUGAUUGUUCCGAGCUCUUUUCCAUUUUAAUUCAGAAAACAUAUAAAAUAAUUCAAGAAACAAACAAAUUUGACAUUUCUUCUUUACUCAAAUCAAUGGUUCCAUUCUUAUACUAUGUAAAUAAUAUCCCACAGGAAUCAUUGACAGCUGUUUGCGAACUUUGUGUUGAAUUAUUUUCUUUGAACAAGUAUAAAUUAGAGGACAUAUAUGUAAUUUCAACGGCAUUACACCACAUUAGUGAUGUAUCACCCUUUAUUGAGAAAAUUGUUGAAAUAACUAAGCAAUCUGUCGAAGAUGAAGAAUUAAUAGCCGCAGGAAUAGAGUUAUUAGGUGAAAUAGUAUGUUCUUAUGAAGAUGAAUCGAUUUCUCAGGAGUCUAUGCGCAUGUUUUAUUCAAUUUUGUUCGGAAACAACGAAAUUAUUAUUGAUAAUUUGACUUCUUGCUAUAAAAGCUUGAUAAAAAUAGCGAAAUCGUCAAACAGUUACGCUAAAUCGUACUUACCUGAUAUAGUUAAGCAGAGUAUUGGCUUUUGUAUGAAUGAUAACUUUAUUGCUACAGACAACCCAUUCGCUUUAGAUUGUUUAAGCUUAAUUUUGUUAUUCAUCAGAGUUUCCAUUAAGAAACUUGAAUUAGAAGAAGAUUUGCUUGAUUUAAUAACUCAAAUUGGUUCUGUGCUCAUAAGUUCGGGCCAAAACCAGAUAGUUAGUGACGCUCUUCCUCUAAUAAUGCUUGCUGAUGUUGCAAGUAACACAGAUUAUGACGACGACUUCAAAUUUGCUAUUGAAUGUCUUCAAAAUUACAAAAGGAAGAUAGUCAAUGCAGCAUUAUACGCAUUGAGAGUAUUAAUGAAGAACGCUGAUGAUUUGUUCCAGUACCAAAUCGAAGAAAUUCUUCAUGGCUGCAUAAAUGUUCUGACAAACGAAAGAAAGUCAAUGAAGACCACUCAGCCUUGCUUGCAAACUCUUGCUAUUGCAAGUAGAAAAUACGCUGAAUUUUUCAAUAUUGGCGAAUUUUCUGAAAUUUUCUUCGCAAAUGUCAAUGAACUUUCGCCAUAUGAAUUGUCAUUAUACUUAACACCAUUUGUUGCAUAUUAUUCAUCAGAAAUCAGCUUCGAUCCUACUUUGGCUGAAAAAUUAUUUAAUUUUGCCGCAGAAAAGUGCAAAUCAUAUGAUGCAUCCGUGCCUCCACAUUGUUUCCAGCUUAUUCGUGCUAUAUCUCAUAAGGAAAGUUCAUUUGUUCCAGUAACAAUUGAAAUUUCUUCGAAUCUUUUGCAACAAAAUACUCAAGGAUCAUAUUUAUCGCAUGCCAAAUUAUGUUGUGCAACAGUUAUCAUAUCUUUAUAUGAAAUUGGUGCUGUUGAGGAUGAAUUAAUGAAAAAUGCGAUUUUAUUACUAGGAAGCAAAGGAGCGAAAGAUGAUAUAAUAUUUGGAUUUACUUCAUUAGUAAGAUUAGCUACAAAUGAAUCAACUUUUGCUAAAUUUGCUCCAAUUAUUUUGAAUUUAUUUAACCAAAUAGAUUUAUAUCAGCUACCAAUUCCUGACGAAUUAAAGAAUACAUGUAUUCAACUAGAAGCUGCAAUCGAACAAGGAAUGGGUGUAAAUUAA